AACGGAUGAGUUAAACAUGCACUAUGACUUUACUGUGCAUCCUGCUUCUGACUAUUGGUAUCACGAUGAUAGGAAAUGUGAGGUCCAUAGACAAGCGAUGCGAUCCGUUUUAUGCAAUAGGUCCCGUUGAUCAACAGCAAUGGUUUGAAUGCCUUGUGGAGGAUUUAUUUGAGACAUCCAAGUACAGCCCACUGGUAAGACCGGUGGAAAGGAUUAAUGACACCAUAACCAUUGACUUUAGUAUUCAACUCAGUCAAAUUAUAAGUGUGGACGAGAAGAAUCAAAUUAUGAAGACAAACGUCUGGCUCCAAGUGUACUGGACUGACUAUCAACUGACGUGGGAUCCGAAGAACUAUGGGGGUAUCCAGGCGCUCAGGAUCCGCCCAGAGAAGGCUUGGACGCCAGACAUCGUCCUUUUCAAUAAUGCUGAUGGCAACUACGAGGUGUCAUAUCGGUCCAAUGUGAUCGUCUACCCGGACGGGAAGGUGAACUGGAUUCCACCGGCCAUCUACAAGAGCUCAUGUACCAUCGAUGUCCAGUACUUUCCCUUCGAUGAACAAAGAUGUGACAUGAAAUUCGGAUCUUGGACAUUUAGAGAAGACCAGCUUAAUUUCACAUUUUACAUGAACAUGAAUUCGCUAGAUGUGACAGAUUAUUUGAAAAGUGGAACAUGGGACAUCCUAGACAGCCCUGCAAAAAUUGAGCGAGUUCCACAUCCGGUGACAGGCGAAAUGAAAACCAUGGUGAUAUUCACAUUCAGGCUGAGACGGAAAACCUUGUUCUACACAGUAAACCUCAUCAUACCAUGCGUAUUGAUCAGUUUUGUUACUAUUUGUGUGUUUGCACUACCAGCGGAUGCAGGGGAGAAGAUUACCUUGUGCAUAUCCAUUCUCCUUGCAUUGGUUGUGUUCCUUUUACUGAUUUCCAAAAUUCUUCCACCUUCUUUGACAAUCCCACUAGUUGCGAAAUACCUUCUGUUCACAUUUAUUAUGAAUAUAGCGGCCAUAUCAUUCACCGUGAUAGUUAUAAAUAGAAACUAUCGAACUCCGAGGACGCACCAGAUGCCUUAUUGGGUACGGGUAGUUUUUCUGAAUUACCUUCCCAGGAUUCUGUUCAUGGAACGACCUGAACACGAUAUUAGAUGGAAGUCGCCUCAUGACGAAGACUCCCAUGAACAUCAUUUCACCUCUCCACUCUUGGUGAACUCAAGAAACCCAGAUGUUUUGCAGACUGUGCCAUCAAGAGGCGGACAAUAUGACAACUAUUUGGACACUGUUGAACUUUCCGAUAUUAAUCCGCACAAUGACUGCCAAUUAACUGUGUCGUCUGCGCCAGAAACUCAGCCCAUGCUCUCGAACUACGACGAUGCAGCGUUGGCACAGAUAUCUCCGGAAAUAGUAAAGGCUGCCGAAGCUCUGCGGUUUAUAAGCCGGCAUUUGAAAAAUGAAGACGACUACAACACGGUCCUUGACGACUGGAAGUACGUUGCCAGGGUGAUCGACCGCUUGUUGCUGUAUAUAUUUCUCCUGGUUACAAUUGGCGGGACCAUGACGAUCCUCAUGCAGGCCCCCCAUAUACUCGAAUAUGUAGACCAGGACGAGAUCAUACAAAACAUUAUACAGAAAUGGAACCUGGGGGCGACCUGAAUUCACUCUGGUGUUUUGCAGAAAUGGAACCUUGGAAUCCACUGAAACCUGUUUGGUGUUAUUCAUGAAUGGUACUCUGUGAGUACACAAUUCACUUCGGUGUUUUACAGAAAUGGACCCUUGAAGUAAACAGAGCAAAUUUGAUGUUUCGGGUUCUAGCCCUAAAGCAAGCUGAACUGUGUAGUGUAAAAUGUUGACCAUAACCUAGGGGAACUACUGUCGUGAUUUGAGACAAACUUGACCCGAUGUCGUUUUGCAGAAACAGAACCGUUGGACUACCUGAAUUCAUUGGUGAUUUACAGAAAUUGACCUUCUUGGCAAACAGAGCACGUGUAGAGUUUAGAGUUUAGUGGGCAAGUGCAAGGCAAGCUGGGCAAGCGGAACACUUUAGUGUCUAAUGUUUAGUAUGACUUUGCAGCAGGGUAAACGUAUGUCCUGUUUAACAUCAAUCCUAACCGAACGGUAUUUAUUUUGAUGUUAAAGGCUGUUGCUUAUACAAGCAUCAUAGCUUUCUGGUCAUUGAACGGGCAUGAAUAGUUUGAAUAAUGAAAGUCGGGGGUCCAAUAAAGUGGACAGAUUGUUGUAUGAAGAGAAGGGGAUAAUGUGUGUUCGGCAUUCAGCUG